CUCCAACAGACUAGCCCGGACCCAAUGAAAUUGGAGUAAUACUAGGGAAAUACCCUCUCAAAAUCGUCAUUCGAGCUGUAUUCAUGUAACCAUUCUCGAGGUUUGCAUGCACGGACAGGAUUUUUCUACUCGUGUUCGUUCGAGUUCAAAUGCUUCCUGUUGAAACAAAGUCUUGCAAACACGUUCACUUCCGUGGUCCUCUUUCAGUCAAGCAAAUCUUGACCAACUAUUCUCACAAGGAAGAAAGUCUAAAAGUGUGCAGCAUUUCUGAAUCCUGACGGUGGUUGUAAGGAAUUAAAAUGAGGCUAUCGCGCCAAACCAUCAGGGCGAGUGUGUAAAGUGACAGACAGGAUGGAGCUGCAAACUCUCUUUACGCUGGUUUGCAUUAUCCUGGGGUUGGCGAUAAUUUUAUAUGGAGCCCUGGGAUGGAUCGUGUCGCAGAUUCUUCGCCGGUGUCUCAACCUGGAUAUAGACAUUGAGGGCUUGGGUCUGAGGUCGGCUAGUCGAAUCACGUGCAACCUGUCCAAGACAUCUAUUGCUGUGUCAAACUUUUCAGUUGGUCUUGGUCAAUCGUUACCAUGGGCACCAAGGUCACGUCUAUUCAGCGUUGUGAUUGGUCAUGUGGGAGUGGCGCUGAAACCAUCUGCCGGCGACACGCACACCACACCAGCUUCUGCACCGACGUCAAGCUCAGCAUCAGCUUCAGCUUCACCAGCAUUACCGACAGGACCAUGUGCCGAUGUAGCGAAUACUUCCUCUUCAAAUCGCCAAGACUCUGCUCAGCAGACGCAGCAGCAAGCCGUCUCUGCUUCGCAGCCAGUAACGGGACAAACGCCUUCAUCGCCUUCGUCCCAGUCCACCCAGAUGAAGAAGAAGACCAAGCCUCCAUCACAACAGCUUCUUGUCCGCUUUCUGGUGUUUCUGUGUAGGCAUAUUGAUGUGAUAGUACGCGAAGUAGAAGUGGAAGUACAGAGUGCAGAUUCCAGUGGCACCAUGCCGGCAACACUUUCAAUUUCCAUGUUAUCCGGCCUCAAACUGGACCUCUCCUCUGCCAACAAGAAGAGACUGCUUGUGCAGUUGAAAAUCCAUGAUGUCAGUACAGAUCUAUCUGUUGGAGCGGUCAAGAGAUCUGUUGCUGAUGCUCAUCUCGCACUGACCGGCGCCGUUGAAGUGGAUUUAAACAAAGGAUUUCUCCCUGUAUCAAGUGCCAAGCUUAGUCUACAGUCUCCGGCAAUAACGCUUCACGACAAGGCACUGGAAGCACUGAAGUCUCUAACACCGCGCAAACCCCAGACGCCGACGGUAUCACCAGCACAGAGUUCAUCGCCCUCGUCUUCAGCUGUGCUUCCAGCCAAACUGGCUAAAGUCGGUGAUGUGUUAGGUCGACUCUUACCGGAGCUGAUUGAAGUUCGUCUGGAGGAAAUCAGUGCUAGGUGUAUACUGCAGAAUGGUCAAAGGGAGUGUGACCUGGAGCUAUCCAAGGCGCUGGUAUGUCUGCAACGCGCUAGCUCCUCUCAGUGUGUCAGCCUGCAACUGCCUGCAUCACGGCCAGUGCGUGCUGCUGCUGCUGCUGAUGAUGAUGAUGAUGAUGAUGAUGAUGAUGAUGAUGGCGUCACCAGUUGCACUGUGCCCGCUUGCGAUGCAUCUCUUAUGCUGACAGGUUUGAACGUCCGCUGUGGUCAGAGACCGCCAAUUCUAUCUCUUCAGCGAACUAGAUUAACUGCAAAGAUUUCAACCGAUGAAUCGCCGUCCACAGCUUCCCCAACCAACAGCAGUAGCAGUAGCAGUAGCAGUGGCGUGAGUUCCACCACCGGGACAAACGGAACCAACUCGUCAGCCGUGAGGGUGAACAAUCAGCCAGCGUGUCGUCUCUCCACAUCGUUAUCUCUUGACUCCAUCCAGCUAAUAUACUGGCAUGCCGAGAUCAAACAGUGGCUAGCCCUCAUCCCCAGCACUCAGGCAUUAAGUCAUGAUGGGCAAACAAUGACGUCAUCACCACCGCCGCCGCCACCGUCGUCCUCUUCUCAGCCGAGUAUAAUGUCGCUUGUCAAGCACAUGCCAGUCAAUAUGAAGCUGAAGACAUGUGUCAGUGUGAAUGACGUAUCCCUGGGCGUGGUGGCAGACAAGCAACUCAACGUUGCCACGGUCAACAAGCCGCGCUGUCGCGUUGUCCUGGCAACGGCUACAGUGCAGACUGAGCUUGAAGAGGAGCUGUCUUCAACAGCAGCUGGUUCAGCCGAGUCACAUCGAUCACUGCAGUGGAGUUGUCGCUUGGAGAACGCUUACGUGCACAACUGCCAAUCGCCGACCAAAGAGACCUCCGCUCACUUCCAUCCAGACAAUCUACUCUGUCCAGUUGUUACAGCUGGUGGUGCAUCAACCGCAGCUGCGUCAUCAACUGAUUCCGCGCCAUCAUCUACUGAUGAUGUGGCACCAAGGUCACCGCAAGCUGCUUCGGAGACACCACAGUCGUCCCAACAAUCCAGUGAGACUGUGUUAUGGCUUGGAGAAGAUGAUCCCAGUGUGCUGCCAACAUCCAAUUGUCAUCUGUACGGUCGGCCUCUGGAGCUGGGUGGACUCAGUUGCAAGGUCUCAGCCACCCUUCCGCUUGGCAUGCGUUCAACACGCAUGACGUCGUCACACAUCAGUCAUGAUAUCAUGCAUGAAGACAGGACUUCCCCAGUGACGACGACCGCAUCAUGCAGCACCGAGCAACGAUGUGAUACGACAGCAGCAGCAGGGCAUAGACAGCCUGUGGACGUUGCUGUCGACCUCUCACGCCUGUGUGUGGAGGUAUCUCGUCCUCUGUUGUCCUCCGUGUCGGACGCACUUGACGAGCUAACGCCAUUGAUGAAACGAGCCAUUGCUCGACAGCAAGCUCCGUCAUCUUCGUCAACAGAAUCGCCGAAGAACUCGUCUUCACCAUUGUUCUCGCUGAAUGAUGUGAAUGCCAAUGUGCGAUUGAAGCACAUCACCGCGCUAGCCCUGCUGAAUCAGCCAGGUGCUGUGAUGGGCCUGGCCCAUGUUGGCAGUCUUCACCUCAGUCACAUGCCGACGCUGGCGGCACGACAACGCCAGGUGGCGAGCCAAUCAGCCACCACCUCCUCCACCAGCACCGCAGGGGAUUCCCCUGCUAGCGCUGCCACCACAGCAGUCGGUGAGAGGAGUGAAGAAGCCGCCAUCAUUGCAGUCUCCGAUGGUGAGGGUGCAACAGUACACGGUACACCACGAGCAUCUGCAGACCCAACACAAGUGCCAUCCGCCGGUGGUGUCGACUCCACGGAACACACGCCACUGCACGUACCAGGGGUGGCAACGCAAGGCAGCAUGACUGCUCAAACUGCUCAUGUUGCUGGUGAUGAACCUCUUCCAGCAUCUCAACCUGCAGCCCAGUCCUCACUGCCACAGCUAUCAUCUUCUUUCAUUGCAGACCUGAAGACUGGAAUCACAGUCAAUGUCAAAUGUGUUGCUUUGGCUACCAUGACGGCGAGCUGUGAGAAGGUUGUAAAUGUUGACACACUCACUGACUCGCUCAUUCACAUUCCUGCCACACCAUCGACCAGUACUGGUACCACAGCUGGCACCUCCUCGCCAACGCUGAGCACCAAGUCAGCACAUGGUGGAGCGGAUACCACCGGACACGCUACAGCAACACCAGCAGCAGCAGCAGCAGCAUCCAGACUGGCGCAAGGACUGCUGCUCAUCAAUCAGCUCAUUGUCAACAAGAAUGCAAAGGUGAUCCGAGCUAACAUACCCGCUGUAUGCCUGGACUGGUCUCCAACACAACACAAGACGUUCACAGUCCUGGCUGAGCAGCUAGCCACUGAUGUCAUCCAUGUUGCAGGUAAGCUGCCCACAAGAGCUGCAGCACCGACCACACCACAAGCCGCCACCACCAACACCACCACCACCACCACCGCUGCAGAGACCACUGUUGAUAGCACUGAUGUCAGUAGCAGCACAGUCAGCAAUGCCGAUGACGGAAGAAGUGGCGGUGACAGUGACAGUGGAAACACUGCGAAUCCUCUCCCCAGCGUAGCCGUGAACAUUGUUUCAUUGUCGCUCCUCGCAGCGCUGGAUACAGCAACAAAGAUGCAUAUAUCGGCGUCUAACUUCCUUCUCAGUAACUCCAUGCUGCCACCACAGCUCUCCACGCUUGAUUCCAGUACCAAUGACGGCCUUAUGGCGGCAUCGUCGGCAUCGGCCUAUACCAUCAAGACGAGUUGCCCUGACCACGCGACGGCAUUGCAAGGAGCUGUCGACAUGUCUAACUCCGCAGCUGCUGCUGAUGAUAGUGCUGAGUAUUGCGUGAGGUCAGGUGGUCUGCUGCGUGGGUUCCUGGUGUGGGCGGAGUGCGUUGAUUGGGGCUUCGAUGAGCAGAAGAUCAUCUCGGUUCAGGAUGUUGUACUCAAGUCUCCAGAGCACUCAUCAGUGAGAGCCAAGCGUGUCGCCUUCCCGACAAUAGCCGAGCAAAAUGGCCGAGGGGCAAUUGAGGUCUCAGUGUCUUCUGGCAGUAUCUGCUUCCCUUACAAUUUCCAUUUCGGAAAUGCUGUUGAUAAGCUCAUCAACAUCAUCAAGUUGCUCAAGAUGCUUCACAAGAAGGGUCCUGCAACAAAGAGUGGAAUUGGGCCAGACUUGAUACUCAAAGUGGAGGACUUCUUGCUUUGCCUGAGUGAUGAUCCAUUUGAGGUUAAACUGGGAGACAACUAUGCGCUGAUCCAAGAUGAAUACUCUGAGAUGCAGAAAAGACGCAAGUUACUUGACGAGCGUGUACAGGAGAUCCGAUCAGCAGUCGGUGAAAUGCAGGCAGCUCAAAAGCUGGACGAGUUGCUCGAGUCAUUAGAGAAGUCAAACUCAUCCGUGUACUGCAACCGUUCCAAGCUGUUCUAUGACCGCAAUCCACUCCGCACUACGCUACUGAAGGUUAGCAUACAAGGUGUAGAGGUGGCUGCACUGGCUGAUGACUCUCUUCAGGGCACCGAGAACGAAAUCGCCGAGAUGAAGAGGAUUGAUCCGGAAAGUCCGUACCCUGAUGGUCUCACCUACUCCACACUCUGGGCUAGAAAGAUACAAGCGAGUGCAGCCCAGAUUGAAGCACGUUUGCGAGACUACUCUCAGCCCCUGGCCAUUGUGGAUCAGCUAAGUAUCUAUGGUGGUCUUGUUGGUGCAGAGGAGAAUCCCUCAGCUCAGGCAAUUCGAACGGACACCGUUCCCAUGGCAUCACCAUGGAGCAAUGUUACUGUGCAGCGGUCCAUGCCGGCGUUGAAAUUCUACCACGACAUUGAUGUUGAUGUGGAGAGCUUUGAGGCAUCUUACGGCAACUGUUGGGAGCCAGUCAUUGCUCAGCUUAGCUGUGCUGUGGAUAUUUUGACAAAGGAGUCAUUAGACCCAAGUUGUCCACUACCGUUCUGGGACAAGAUCCGCUUGCUACUGCAUGGCAAGGCAUGCUUGAAGUCGGACCAUGCUAUAGUCUACCUGGCUGCAUCCUAUAACCCAUACAAUGACUCUGAGAAGCUGGAGAUUGUCAUCAAGUCUCUUGUUGUCACCCUCAAGAGUGGUUACAUCAAGACACAAGGUGAUCUGGACAUCUACACGCGCACACCGUCCAAGUAUGAUGAGUGCAAUAUCGUACACAUACCUGGAAUGCAAGUCGUUGUUCGAUUGACAUGGGAGUGUCAGGGAGAUUGCUAUGACCAUCAUUCUCUCAUGCCUUGCGAUCCCAACAAGAUCAAGGCGCAAGACUUGGCUACUCACGAUUCAUUUGCAGCGUUUCGCUCGCGCAGUCUUAGUCUCGAUGUUGACGUUGAUAUCACCGCUGACCAACACCAAGUCAAGUCACUGCUCUAUGCCUCCACGCUGAGAUUCUUCCAGAAAUUACAGGUGGUACUGCUAAUGGCCAACACACCUAUUCGCCGCGGGAAACUCUUCAACAACACGAAGCCUAGAAAGCCAGCGCUGUCGAGAUUCAUCAAACACGUACACAUACAGGGCAAGGCACCAUCUCUGCACCUGCUCUACUGGAACAGCUAUGCAUGCCUACGCGCUAUAUCAGCACACUUUGGCACUAUCACCACGUUUAUCAACAUUGUCGGAAGCACUGAAGAAGCAGCGGCAACCGCGGGAGCCAAUAGCGGCACUGCCACUUCCAAUGCAGACUCUCAUAGCUUGUCUUCCAUCAUUGAAGCAUCUGAACAGGACGAGGGUGCCAGUACCAGCAGCAACAACAAUGAUGCUACGGCAUCCACUGUAUCUGACGAUACCGAUCACCACCACCAGCAGCAGCAAAAUCAAUCUCCUCCUCUGAUCCGGCGGCCAGCGGCCGUCUUUAACAUUCGCAGCGCCAAGGCUGUGGUCGAUGGUGUUGCCAUGGAUACGUAUGAAAGUAGCCAGACAAUCAGCAUGAUGGCGUCGGUGGAAGCGUCCAACCCGGACAACUUCGCAGAACGGCACGAGCUGCUCAGCGUUGCUAAGAUGGAGUACGAGCACGCAGACGAUGCUAAGUGCAAGCAGGUGCAGGACUCCGAAGACAAAUGCUACACGCAUCGCUUGCUUGUAGAGGAUCUGAAGGCACUGUGGACGUUUGCCAAUCGCCUGGUUGUGUUUGGCCUGUACAACAGCUACGCUCAGUCCAACAUUCUCAAAGCAGACCUGUCGGCCGAGUCUCUCAUUGGUCUCCGUGGAGAUGAUGAUCUAAACGCGGGCAGUGCACUUGAUAAUGACAGUGGUGGGAGUGAUGAGGACGAUGGCGAUGAUUGUGAUGAGGCGGAUGGCGCUCGUCGUGGCCGGGAUCGCGAGGCCACCGCCGAUCAGGAUCCAACAGCAGCGAGGGAUUCCUCGAGUGUUCUGACGAGUACACCGAAUGCAUCAUCCUCGUCGUCAUCAUCAUCAUCAACAACAGCAUCACGACGUAGAGGUAGUUACUCUAGCACAGGCAGCAACUUAUCUAGUUCAUCCUCUCACCAUCGACGGUCUGCGGCUGCUGCUGCUACUGCCACCGCUUCCAUGUCUUCAUCACCAAGCUUUCCACUGCUUGAGAAACUCAUUAAUGACAAGGAUACCAAGUUCACUGCGGUUGCUGAUGAGGAUCGCGGAGAGCAAGGGACACCCGUCUUGUUUGGCCACAAGCUAUGCAGGUCGGAUGAUUUGCGUGAACUUUCCUGGCUUGUUGAGUUUGUCAACGCACAAGUGGUGUUCCGGGCGCCGACGGUGGACGGUUGCGUUGCCGUGACCACGUCUAGCGCCGUCAUCAUGGCACACGUGCACACGCCCGUCAUGAAGCACGGCGAGCUGGUCGCCAAGACAACCUGGACCAGCCUGAUCAACGACAUGCAGUACUUUGCCUCCGUCGAGAGCAUCACGGGAAAAUCGGCAUGGCUGCCGGCAUCGGCAGUGGCCAACUCAGGCCACGACCCUAUGUCCAGCGAACGGCAUUCUGCGCCGAAACAAGGCAAUCUGGACAUCAGCGACUUGCUGGGCGGCACGUACGUUGCCACGAGCAACAAGCUUGGUGCCAUGGUAACCACCGUCAUCAGCCCGGUCGCCAGCCGGCUCAAUCCCAUUGCCAUGGAGACGGCACCAUCCAGCAUGCCCAUGCAGAGGCUGAUCACCAGGUGUGUAUGUCAAGUACACUACGCUAGCUUUGGCGGCCAGCCGGACCCAGCACACAUACCCAGAGUGGAAGGGACUGCGCCUGGUCGGGGAUAUCCCGCAGAGCUACGCAGGAGUUUCUCGUUGAACACGUCACUAGCUGAGGAUGAGCCAGUGGACACGUUCACAAUCUCUUAUCCAAAACUGGACAUUGCCACAAACUCAGAUCAAUUCAAACUUGUGAUCAACAUCAUCACCAAACUGCUAUUCUACGUUGACCCAAAGAAGAAGGAGUUAGCUGAUCGGUGUGAAAACAAGCGCUUUGAGCUGGAGUUGAGUAACAUUAUCGACCAGCGUACACCAGUCAUGGAGAAACAACGAGCGGUCAGGGAUCAGCUGGAGCUUGUACGUGGCCUGGAUCGUAACGCCUACGGACUGCUGCAGGACAUGGAUGAUCUGAUUGAACAGCGACUGACCUUGUUCAGCUCUGCACCCGGGGGCGUGCUCAAUGACGUCGAAAUGACCAGGGUAGGCGAAGUCGAGGAAGUUCUUGCCAGUUUGCAGCUGCAGCUGUUUGCACUGGAGAAUGAGAUAGCUGAGGCAAAGGCUGAGCUGACGGAGAGAAGUCUGGACCUGCGAGUUACGAUCAAUUCUUUCCGCGCUAGCCAGCUUGGACUCGAUUCGUCCGAUGGUGAUGACAGCGCAAAGCAUUCACCUAGUGUGGAGUUACGUAUUGAGGUCUGGCUGGAUAACAGCACCUGGACCAUCAUGCAGACCGAUGGCCAGCUCCAGUUGGCCAAGGUCUCUCUCAACAACUUCCUCUAUGUGAAAGUGGCCAAGACGGAUGUGUCAGGCUCACAUCGUUUCGACCUUGGCUGGUUCUCAGUGCAAAACCUCCUGCCACUAUUGCCGGAUGAGAUUUACAAAGAUGCCUUGAAGCCUUCUCAGGAGAAUGUCAAGGUGGAGAGAAGCAAGUCAUUGCGUGUUCUGCUUGUCGAGCAGGCACCAGUGGGCGGCAUAUCUGUGAAGGAACAUUUCGAAGUCAAUGUCGUACCACUGACGGUCCGAGUCACCAGCCGCUUCUAUGAGAGAAUGCGCCAGUUCUUCUUUGAGGAGGAUGUCCCCGAGCCACAGCCAUCCUCGUCGUCAGCUGCAGCUUUUACGCCCGGUGGUAUUGCCUCAUCACAGUCGCAUGCCUCAACAGUGGCUGCAUCUACAAGCAUGUUGGCGGCCCCGUCAGCAGCUAACCUGACGGAUUCCACCUCCUCGCAGCUGGACAUGGAGGAUAAUGAUGCCGAUGGUGCGGUGUUGGCGAAGAUACAGAACCGUCCGUCUACAUUCUCCGUGACCAGUCGUUCAUCUGGCUCCACUUUCUCUCGGCCGUCGUCCAGCAAGCGCAAGAGCAAGCAAGACGAGGAUCCCGUGAACGCCGCUGCCAAACUAAGGUCAUCCGGUCGUCGUAACAAAGCGCACGGUAACCGCUCUGCUAAGGACGACAUUGAGACGAUGAAGGCGCGUGCAUCCCAGAACAAGACGUUCAUCUACAUCAAAGUUCCACAAGUGCCUCUCGUCUUCAGCUACAAUGAUGACGGCACUUGGCUGGAGUUGGAGGAUGCUGUGCUGACACUGCCAACGAUAGAGUAUCACAAUCGUACCUUCACGUAUCAUGACCUGCUCAUGCAGAUCAAACACGAGGUCAAGAUUGUUAUCGUGCCACAGGCUAUCAAGCAGAAGUUGCGCAUCUCCAAUAGCUCAUCGCAGCAAGAGGAACGCUCUGACAAGUCCGAUAGAGCAACACUACUCGGAACAAAGAUGGCCAAGCCGCUCAAAGGCGCUAGCAAGAAGCUGUUUGGCAAGAUCUCACAGAGGGCCUCCCCUACCAUGGGUGCCAAAUCACAGCUGACCGCGCCCAGUGGAGAUGAGGUGCCACAAUUAGCCGAAGAAGGUGAAAUUCGCCAGCCAGUGAAUUUGCAGGACAUGCUGGAUGAGCUGUCACGGCUAGACGACUCUGGAACAGGAUCUCCUGCAAUGCAAUGAUGUCAUGGAAUGGUAGGCAAUGAUGUCAUACAACGGCAUGCUAGCAGCAUCACGCUCUAACCAAACAUGCCAUUGUCUCUAUCCAUCUCUCCACGCAUCCUGCAACAAUAUCCUCGCCACAAUCAGACCGAUGACAUCAUUGCUGCCCUGAAAACACUGUCACAUGACAUCAUGGUCACUGUGCCGAUAUGUCAUCAUGUGCUCUACAGUGUCAGAGCUAUGAUGUCACCAAUGACUCACCCUCUUGAAGGUCCUAGUAUGCUGUCAUGCGAUCGCACUGCCACCGCGCCUGAUCACAGAAGCUCUGCUGAUAGUGAUGACAUCAUGUAAACGUUGACCCUAAGAUGAUGAUGUCAUCGAUAGCAUGAUGAUGAUCUGGCAUUACGAAUUUCCCACGGCAUCCUCAGGAUCCUGAUCCUAGUUCAAGAACUUGAGAACGAAGAGUGCCAUUCUCACCAUGGCUACGGAGCUGGCACCAUGCCAACCCUACUCACUGUCGCACUUUGUGCCGUGUUGUUAUUAUUAUUUUCUCCAUUUGAUUAUUUAAUUGUAUUCUUCUAUUUUUUUCUAACAGUUUUUCUAACAGUAUUUUAAUGUGAGACUUGUGUUCAUCAACCCAGGAACUUUUGACAUUCGACUCAUGUUUGGCUAUUUCUGUUAUCAUGCAUGUUUUCUUUGUGUAUGGUUCUAGUCAUUUUGAAAGCUUGCGUCAUGCCGCAUACUAAUAUUGCAGUCUCCCCAAAAAUAAUGUCGAGAUUCAUUCUGCCCUGGGCAGGAGUGAGUGCCCACAGAAA